CUAGCCUAUGAUUUGGAACUUAAAAAGUACACAUAACGGUUUAAGGUUCAACCAUCUUAAAAUAUGAAAUUUCCAAAAAAGGGGUAUUACUGUUUAAUAAAAAUGAUUAACUUCAACCAUUCUAAAAUCUAAGUGAAUUCAAAUAGACAUAUUCCUUGAGAUACACAAAAAAUGAAUUCCAUCAAAAUAUGUAUAGUUGGCAGUGGUCCUGCAGGAUUUUACGCAGCUCAACAUUUAUUAAAAAAGUUACCGACAUCGAAAGUUGAUUUAUAUGAAAAGUUACCGGUGCCCUAUGGUUUAGUCAGAUAUGGAGUGGCACCCGAUCAUCCCGAAGUGAAAAAUGUUAUUAAUACAUUUAAUAAAACUGCAUCACAUUCGAAUUUUAAUUUUUUUGGUAAUGUUUCACUAGGAGUUGACUUAAAUAUUAAGCAAUUACAAGAUGCCUAUAAUAUUGUUUUAUUGACGUAUGGGGCUGCUAAAGACAAAACUUUAGGGAUUCCUGGUGAAAAAUUGGAUAAUGUAAUCUCAGCUAGAAGAUUUGUUGGAUGGUACAAUGGUAAUCCAGAGGAUCAAGAUUUAAAUCCCACUUUACAACCAUCAAUAACAAUUUUAGGACAAGGAAAUGUAGCAAUUGAUGUUGCUCGGAUUCUUUUAUCACCCAUCGAUCAAUUAAAAGAAACGGAUAUAACAGACAAAGCACUUUAUACUUUAAUAACAAGUCCGGUACGAGAGGUAAACAUUGUCGGACGAAGAGGUCCCAUUCAAGCCGCAUUUACAAUCAAAGAAUUACGUGAAAUGAUAAAACUACCAAAUGUUUCUACAUUAUGGAGGGAAACUGAUUUUGAAGGUGUUGAAGAAAUUGUAACGAAAUUACAACGACCCCGAAAACGAAUCACAGAAUUAAUGUUAAAUUCAUUAAAUAGUCAAAAGGACAUCAAACGAAUAUGUCCAAAAAUAUUUUCACCAAUUUUCUAUCGUUCCCCGAUUGAUAUAUCUGAAUCGAGUGUAAAACUAGCGAAAACAAUGUUAAUGGGAGAUAGUUCAUCGUCCAGUGCUCGAGCUGUAGUUACAAACGAUGUCGAAUUCUUAAAAACUGACUUAGUUAUUCGUAGUAUCGGAUAUAAAUCGAUAAAUAUCGAUCCAUCAAUACCCUUCGAUGAAAAACUAGGGUGUAUUAAAAAUGAAGAUGGUCGAGUAGCGCCUGGAUUAUAUACAACGGGAUGGUUAGGCCAUGGACCUACAGGCGUUAUAUUAAACACAAUGAAUAAUGCAUUUGCUGUAGCUAAUCAUGUUUGUGAUGAUCUUAAUAAUAAUAAAAGUUUAGGGGAAAAUAAACCAGGUUCGGAAUAUACGUUGAAUGUUCUGAAAGAGAAGAAUAUACAAGUUGUUAAAUGGAAAGAUUGGGAGAAAAUCGAUGAAUAUGAGAUAAAUGAGGGUAAAAAAUUAGGAAAAUGUAGAGAAAAAGUUACUGAUAUAAAUAAAAUGUUAGAAAUUGCUUCUUAAA